AGGGAGUUACAGAAGCUGUAAGAAAAGACUUGAAGGCAAUGCUUCAGAGAUGUAUAGAAGAGGGUAUUCUGAAGAAUGUAGAGGCAUGGAGAGGUCAGAAACUCCAGGGACAAGUCAGCAUAGGAUGCUAAGGAAACAUAGUCUUUCAAGGAAUGGAAGUAAGAAAGACAGAGGCAUUUGUGAGAAUGGGCAUUCAUUGUCAGAAGAUCCUCUUGUGUUGAGAGGUCCAAGUCAUGUGAGUACUGAUUUAUCCGAGGCAGUUAACAGUCAAAGCUCAUGGAGAAGCUGUGGGGAGAGCCAAGUCUCUGGAAAGAGCACUAAGAGUGCAACAUUUGUGGCAAAUCCCUUGAGAUGUCCUAAACCUGUGGAUAAGGGAGUUAUGAAGUUAAAGAAAGCAUGGAGGUUUGAUGUUUCAGAGGAUGAAGAUGAAGAUUCAGGGAGAUGGGAGUCUGAGAUGACUCAAGAACGUGAACUGGCAGAUUAUGAUGAUUGGGAUGGGGAUAAGGUCUUUCUAAGCUCGAGUCCUUCAACUAGUGGUGAAAACAAUGAUACUGAUAGCUGGGAAGAGAGUGGUGACAACAAAGGAGAUGGUGAUGAUAUGUUGGAGAAAACAGAUGCUGAGUUUGAAAGCAUGGUUUACGAGACAACUGGUUUUGACACUGAAGAACCAGGAGGAAGCUCAUUCAUGGAGGUUGAUCCCAUUCCUAUUCCAGGACCUCCUGGAUCAUUUCUAGAGAGUCCUUGGGACAUGGGAACUGAUGCAACUGCAACCGAGAAUCAUGGAAACUUUUGCCAGGUCCAAACUUGCUAUAAUCAGCUUGAUCUGAUCACUGACAAGAACUUGUCAGAAUCACCUGUUUCAGCAGUUUCAAACUUUGCAGCUCCUGAAACGCAGACGUUUAGUCUAAGUAACAUCGUCACCACUGACAAUGAUCAGUCAUGUUGUUGCCAGAGAGAAGAGAAUGCUUUGGAAGAUACAACAUUUAGGCAACCACCACCACCACACAAUAUGAUCCAUCAAGAUCUUUUGAGUAAGUCUGCUCCUGCGCUUCCUUCAAACUCCGGUCCAGUGUUGCGGCUAAUGGGAAAGGAUUUGAUGGUUAUUAACCAAAGAGAAGAGACCUCACAUGAAAAUUCAAUUCCAAAACCAACUUCUCAGUUUCAAAAUCUCUCCAAGACACAACAACAAGUGUCUCCUUAUGCCCAUCUUCAUCGUCCUUAUGGUGGAAGUGGUUUGUAUUUCAACACCAGCGCAAGCUUUUACAACACUCCAUGACAUUUACUGAUCAACUCCAGCAGUUUCUUCCUAUCCUUGAAAGAUCUUAAAGAAGUUAUCUCCUCAACCAUUCAACCUCAAGAUUCCAUGAUUCUCUAAUUAAGAGGUUGAGAAGAAUCUCAAGAGGCUGCUAUGAAAAGAAUGGUGAGAUAUAAGUUCGCUUUGAAUCUACCUGUAAGCAUAUUGAGAAACGCCACUACGGUAAAUGACCCCACUUUUGUUCAAACUGGUUUCAAAAAGGGGUGAUAUAUAAAUAUAAAAUGUUUAUUAUUAUGUUAUGGAACCGCAUUUUGAAUAAAAAGUAUACAUGACUUAACAUCA